GUGAUAGAUACCAACCAGGUAAAAAGUGAUAGCUGAACUGGUUUUCAUUAUUAUCACGAUGCUCAGAUUAAUUACUUCGUUAGCUGUUUUUGUAUGUACAUCUACUGUGUAUGCUCAGACAGACUACUAUCCUUGUUAUGCAGCAUUGUGUGUUCAAGGUACAAAAUGUGUUGUAUCAGAAGUAAACUGUAUAAGAGCACCGUGUGUACCUCAAGUUAAAUGUAUAGCUCCAGGUUCCACAACCAAUGGGGUAUGUGAAGAAGGUUCACCAGUUCUCGAAAUGGCAGGAACUAACGAGAUACGGUGUUCUGGUAACAGGCUAUGUCCGGACUAUACAAGAUGUGUGAAUGGAUAUUGCUGCUGGACAGGGAACCAACAAGUAACAUCCACUCCAACACCCACAGCAAAGGAAGGUGUAUGCCCAGAUACAUCUGGUCAAUUUGGGGCCUGUAUUACGGAGUGUGAUACUGAUUUCAAUUGUCCUGGAAGUAAGAAAUGCUGUAGUAAUGGUUGUGGAGAUGUUUGUGCGGAGCCCGUGAGGAGAAUAAAACCAGGAACUUGCCCCUCGGUAUCAAAUAUCCCGUGUUCAACUACCAGAUUUUGCUCUGAUGACUUUGUUUGUCCUACCUUUCAGAAAUGCUGCUCAUCAACAUGUGGGCGAAUAUGUACCGAUACAAAGGAGACAAUAAUACACUCGGGGCGUUGUACUGCAGUCAGUGGCUUUGGAAAUUGUGAAAACAGAUGUAGCUUUGAUGCAGACUGUUCACCAAAUCAAAAAUGCUGCAGUAACGGAUGUGGUCGAAUCUGUACUGAUAUUCGCCCAGCCGUAGUUCGUCCAGGAACGUGCCCUUCUGUCACUGGCUUAGGAACUUGCGAAAGCCGGUGUGACGUGGACGAAGAAUGUCCACAAAACCAAAAAUGUUGCAGCAACGGCUGUGGUCGUACAUGUUCAAUUACUGCUGAAGUAAGUAUCGUGAAAUCAGGUCAGUGUCCUCCUGGUACACAGUUUGGUCCAUGUAUAAACGAAUGUACGUAUGAUGGAGAAUGCUUGGGUAAUAUGAAAUGCUGUUCAAAUGGCUGUGGUCGUUUCUGUAAAUCGCCACUGAGGACUGUCCCUAUAUGCCCAGCAAAUAAUCAAUUCCUUUUUUAUUGUUUCCUACAAACAAGUUGUAACCAAGAUUCUGACUGUUUUGGGGGAGAAACAUGUUGUCAUUCUGUAGGGUGUGGUCGCAUAUGCAGUCUGAAUAUUGAUGUACCUAUCGCACCGUAUAAACCGUAUCCAACCCGUUGUACUUGGUGGAAGUUCAUGUAUGGACAAUGUAGUUGGUGAUUCGA